AUGGAAGAGGUAGAGAAAAUUGAUAAGAGGGUCAAAGAUUACUUAAUGAACGUUGGGUAUGAAAGAUGGUCCAUAGCACAUUCCAUUGUCAAUAGAACAUUUACAAUAACUUCAAACAUUGCGGAGUCGAUCAAUGCAGCGCUCAAGGCUGCUAGGGAACUUCCAGUGACCCCUUCGACGAGUUACUUAUAUUCAGUACUUGACAAGGAUAAGCAGAGAAUGGUGUUCCUAAAAGAUCGAACUUGUAGCUGUAGAAGAGUUCAGUUGGAUGAGAUGCCAUGUGCACAUGCUUGGGCUGUAUUAAAAUACAAAUACAUUGAUCACAUUGAGUAUUGCUCGAUGUACUACACCAGGAAGUACCUAUUGAAGGCCUAUGAAAUUCUAAUUUAUCCGGUUCCUAAUGAAAGCACAUGGAAAAUUCCUGCAGCAGUUUUAGAUUAA